AUGCUCCGCACAACAGCUGCACGAUCACUCCUAAAGAGCUUGCCAAAGACUCCAAAUUUAAGUUCCAAUUCGAGAUCGAGCUACAGCGCAGCUUCCGCUCAAUUGCAGAAUGCCAAUGCCCUUCGCAAGUGGAAGCUGAGCAGCAACCAUCCGCAACGCCGCUCCCUAUCCACAACUACCUUGCGUUAUGCCACCCCACUGAAACCGAAUGUCGAUAAGAUUGACCGACAAGAAGAACGCCGAAUCUUAGAGCAAAAAAUCAAACCCGAUCCAGCUAACGUCUCCACCGAAUCCAGUGUACGUCAAGUAUUCGAGGAAAGCCAGCGCCCCCCAGAAAACGACGAACCGCUUGCGGCUUUGAAGUCAGAUAUUGAGACGGUCAAGGAUACUUUCGCACUCAACGAAGUUCCGAGAGAGUCGCUAUAUCUUGGACUUGCUGGCGUCAUUCCGUACGCGGCUACCUCUUUCUCAACUGUGUAUCUAGCGUGGGACAUCAAUCAUGCUCAUGCGGCCGGCACUGGCCUUCUUUUCGAGCCUGAAAGAGCACAUCAACUCCUCGAGUUCAUAACUCCAAUUCAGGUUGGAUAUGGUGCAGUUAUCAUCUCGUUCCUAGGGGCCAUCCACUGGGGGCUAGAAUAUGCUGGGUAUGGUGGUCACCACAGCUACCGCCGAUUCAUGUACGGAGUCAUCGCACCAGCGGUAGCAUGGCCAACAAUAUUCAUGUCCGUCGAAUACGCCCUUAUCACGCAAUUCGUGGCAUUCAACAUGAUGUAUUUUGCGGACACCCGGGCCACGCGUCGAGGAUGGUGUCCACCUUGGUACUCUACAUAUCGCUUUGUUCUGACGUUUUUGGUUGGUGCUUCCAUUGUCGCAACCUUGAUUGGCAGAGGGCAAAUUGCCAGUCACGAUUCCGCACUGAAAGCCCCUAUGGAAUAUCUCAAGCCAGAUCGUGAUGCCCAGCGGGAGGCAUUGGCUCGAGAAGAGGAAGCCAGAAAUAAAGCUAGGAGGCAUGCAAGUAUAGAGAGGUACAACAAGGAAGAACAAGAGAAUAAGAACAAAGAUAUAGGUAAGGAGGAUGGCGACAAGAAGAAGGCUAAUAACGAGGGAAAGACGGACAGCGAUGAAAAGGAGAAGGGCGGCGAUGAAAAGAAGCAAGAUGGCAAUUCCAAGUAA